AUGUCCACUCCCGUGUCCAACCGCAAAUAUGGAGCCCAAAAAAUACGUUUGACUAUUCUAUGUGCCAGAAAUUUGGUUCGAAGGGACUUAUUUCGGUUACCAGACCCAUUUGCGAAAAUCUCUGUUGAUGGCAGUGGACAGGUGUAUUCUACAAACACCGUGAAAGCAACUCUCGAUCCCAAGUGGAAUACUCAUUAUGAUCUGUACCUAACCAAAGGGGAUGGAAUCACAAUUAGUGUAUGGAAUCAGCGUAAAGUUCACAAGAGACAAGGUUCUGGAUUCCUUGGUUGUGUUAGAAUUCAGCCAUCUACUGUGCACAAAUUGAAGGACACGGGAUACCAAUGCCUGGAGUUAUGCGAAGAGGGUACGGGAGAGACAUGUGGUGUUCGGGGCCAAGUGAUCGUGUCAUUGGUGUCUCGGGACGCGGCGCGGGGCGAGCCGGCUGCGGCGGCCGGCGAGGGAUCUCCUUUGGCCGUGGUGGGUCCCGCUGGAGAUGUACGCACUCCGCGAGACCCUCGUGACCCACCACCCGUGCAAAACGGAACGAGAAAUCCACUGCCACAACAUUGGGAAGAACGCUUUACUUCUAGUGGCAGACCAUACUACGUGAACCAUGCGUCUCGACGCACUCAGUGGGAGCGGCCUACUAGCGAGGGCACUGCGCCUGUGUCUCCUGCAGCUUCGUCACCGCCAUCAUCCCCGACGCCGGCAGCUACACCAUCCAGUCCGGUCUCCCCAGUAUCGCCAUCCUCGCCCAUGUCACCCGUUUCAGACCCAGAUGUCAAUCAUGCUACUUCCAUAUCUUUAAGGCCUGAGCCUCAGCCACAGACUGCAGUGAGGUCCCGUAUUCCCACAGCGACGUCUCCACCGGCCGGGUCUACCGCCCAACCAACUACACCAACUACUCCAAUUGCUCCCAUAGCUGCUACUGAUUUACCCCCUGGUUACGAAAUGCGCACAACAGCUCAGGGUCAGGUAUACUUCUACAACUCCAACACGGGUGCGUCGACGUGGCACGACCCUCGCGUCCCACAACACUUGCGGCACUGCGCCGCGGCGGCCGGCCCGCUGCCGCCCGGCUGGGAGAUGCGACAUGCGCCGUCUGGCAGACCAUACUUCGUAGACCACAAUAACAGAACCACGCAGUUCACUGACCCACGACUAGCGCUGUCAGCCAGACUUCCACAACCUGAACUUGCCGCAGUUUCAUCCUCAACCCCCGCAGUAGCAGUACCCACUCAAUCAGUGACAGAACCACUGGAUUCCGAUGCACUGCCCAAAUACAAACGCGACUUGGCAGCCAAAGCGAGGGUUUUGAGAGCUGAACUACAGGCGUUGCAACCUCAGACAGGACAUUGUAGGAUAGAGGUAUCACGAAACGAAAUAUUAGAGGAAUCGUACCGGCUCGUAAUGAAGUUACGAGGCAAGGAGCUGCGAAAACGUUUGCUGGUGAAAUUCCGUGGCGAAGAGGGAUUAGAUUACGGUGGCGUAGCCCGAGAGUGGCUUCACUUACUGGGCAGGGAACUGUUCAACCCACAUUAUGGUCUCUUCCAAUACGCGAACGCAGGCGACGAUCGAUAUGCGCUGCAAAUUAAUGCGGAUUCUGGGGUGAACCCAGAACAUCUAUCAUAUUUCCACUUUGCUGGGCGCAUUCUCGGUGUGGCAUUGUUCCAUGGACAUCAGUUAGACGCGGCAUUCACUGCUCCCUUCUACAAGCAGUUGCUCGGCAGGCCGAUAACCCUACGUGACAUUCGCGACGUGGACCCAGAACUACAUCGGUCGCUUUCCUGGAUGCUAGAAAACAGCAUUGCCGGAGUAAUAGACACAACGUUCUCUGUGGAGUGUUCGUCAUUCGGCGCAGUCCGCAGCGUGGAACUUCGGCCCGGAGGUACCAACGAAGCCGUAACGGAUGCCAACAAGCGCGACUACGUACGGCUCUACGUGGCGCACCGCUUCACGCGCGGCGCGGAGCGGCAGUGGCUGGCGCUGCAGCGCGGCCUGGCAGACAUCAUCCCGCCGCAGCUGCUGCGCCCGCUGUCGCCGCGCGACCUGCAGCCGCUGCUGGCGGGACGCGCCGACCUCGACCCGGCCGACUGGCGUCGACACACGCGGCUCAAGCAUGUCACGCAUGACGCGCCAAUAGUCUCCUGGUUCUGGGAGAUUGUCGAAGAAUUCGACGCGGAGAUGCGAGCUAGGUUGUUACAAUUUGUCACGGGAUCUCGCCGCGUUCCGCUGGCCGGGUUCCGAGCCCUGCAAGGGUCGACCGGCGCGGCCGCUCCUCGGCUGUUUACUCUGCACCUAGUGGCGGACGCGUCUCCCGACUCGCUUCCGAAGGCUCACACUUGUUUCAAUCGUCUCGAUUUACCUCCUUAUCCUAAUAAGGGCAAACUUCACGACAAACUCAAACAAGCGGUGCUCGAAACGGCCGGAUUUGCUGUCGAAUGA